AUGGUAGGAGUGAAACUUUUCAGAACAUGGUCAAGUCCUUUUGCUCUCAGGGCUGUCUGGGCUCUCAAAAUCAAAGGCAUAGAUUAUGAAACCAUAUUUGAAGAUCUCUCCAACAAGAGCCCUUCACUUCUCCAAUAUAAUCCUGUCUACAAAAAGGUUCCAGUGCUUGUACACAAUGGAAAACCCAUCGCUGAAUCGCUUAUCAUUCUGGAAUACAUUGAUGAGACAUGGAAGCAUGCUCCCUUAUUGCCUGAAGACCCUCAUGAGAGAGCCACGGCACGUUUCUGGGCAAAAUUUGGUGACGAUAAGGUUUUGACAUCAAUUUGGAGCGUCUUUAUCAAGCAAGGGAAAGAGCAGGAGGAAGCUAUGGUUCCAGCCCUGGAGAACCUCAAGUUCCUGGAAGAAGAGUUGAAGGGAAAGAAGUUCUUUGGCGGAGAGACCAUUGGGUUUGUUGAUCUUGCCUUGGGUUGGCUUGGUAACUUGAUCAGCAUAUUGGAAGAGAUUGUUGGGCUGAAAGUUGUGGAUGGGGAGAAGUUUCCAUUGUUGUCCGCAUGGAUGCAAGAUUUUGCAGAUGCUCCAAUCAUUAAAGACAACUGGCCACCUCGAGACAGAAUGAUUGUCAAAUUCCAAGCCCUUCGUGAUGCCACCAUUGCAGCAGCGGCAGCAGCGGCAGCAGCAGCAACAUCAAAAUGAUGCUAUAGGGCUCAUAGAGUAGAACGAAUAAGAAUCAAAUGAUCAUGCCAUAUUUCAUGUCAAUUUGUUUGUGUGCUGGGAGGUCUC